AUGUCGGAAGGUAGAAAGUGUAUCAAAUGCCCUGAGAAAGCUACUCUGUGUAGUACAGAUGUCAAACAAGCUGUAUAUUGCAAGUCCUGCUUCAUUCUUAUGGUAAAGCAUAAGUUCAGAUCCACUAUCGGUAAGCGUCGACUGUACAAGGAUGGUGAAAAGCGAGAAACUUUAGUAAUUUACGAUGGCACAAAUGCUGGUGCAUUUUUAUUAUCAGUUAUAAGUGAAGAUCUGCAAGUUAAUAAGCAUAAAAGGCUUGCACUUGUACCCACUGUAAUGGUUCUAAUGAAAGAGGUAAAUAAGGAAAAAAUUGACAUUAUUAAGCGUGAUCUCGAAGUUAUCAAGGAAUGUAUAAAGACACCGUGGAUUUAUGUCCACAUUGCAGCAAUCUUUGACAGUACUUUUGAACCACAAACCUCUUCUGAUAUUUGUGGCAUUGAAUAUUUUAUAGCUCUUCAGAUAUCGGAUUGGAUCAGGUUAUUAGCGUCAUGUUCAUCACUGUCUAUUCGAGAAGAGAUUGAAUGUUUAUGUACAAAUAUAUUGUGUGUUCGCAUUGCACGAAAAUUGCAGAUUGAUAAGGUUAUGCUUCCUCUAUCUGCUGAUGUAUUAGCUGCAAAAACACUAUCGUCACUUGCUUUUGCCAGGGGCCCUUCUGUUUUUCACAUUGCAAAUGUAAUUGAUAAACGAUAUGGUGUGAAGUUGAUUCGUCCAUUGCGAGAAAUCAGUGAAAAAGAAAUGGGACUUGUAAAUCGAUUUGAAGGAAGUGACAAGUACAUUUUAAAUUUUGAAAGUUGCCGUGUAGAUGUUAAUGCUGAUAGACAGUCGUUGCAAUCAGUUUCACGAUAUUUUAUCAACACUUUAGUUGCUGAUGGUUUUACUGGGACAGUAACAACUAUAUUGAGUACCGUGAACAAAGUCCAGGGUCCAGCUAGAAAUAUCAAUCGUUGUCCACUCUGUGCUUCAACUUUUUCCAGCGAUGGCAGUCAAAGGUCCUUGUACUGCUUUUCUUGUUCAUCUCUUUUGGACGAAGUUGGUAACAAAGUUUUGCUUGAGAAGCUUCUUAAUUGCAUAAACGUUGAUAUAAUGUAA